AUGACUUCCCACCAAACAGGCAUCUCUGUGGAACUCACUACAGACAAGGAUGCCCUCUUUAAAUCCUGUUUUGAAUUGACCAAUGAGAUGAACAUCACAGCCCGUGGUCGUCGUAUUUUCCCAACUCUGGAGUAUAUCGUCACGGGGUUGGACCCAUCGAAAUACUACUUGAUCAGCAUGCAUUUCGAAUUUGUCGAUGACAAGCAAUUGAGAUUCGUCGGUGGAAAAUGGACAGAAUCUCCUUCAACUGAAGAGAAAGGAGAUCCACGGAUUGUAUUCCAUAAGAAUGGAGCUCAACUUGGAAAGGAUUGGAUGGAUAAGCCACUCAGCUUCGACCAGAUCAGAGUUACCAAUCGCAAGUCGAAUGAGAAUAAGGGGCCAUCUUUUGUCUACCUCUUCACUAAACACAGAUACAUCCCUGUUCUGACAAUCUAUGAGGGAGAUCAAAUCGUUCACAUUUCAAAGAUUGACUACACUUCAUUCAUCACUGUGACAGCAUAUCAUGGUAAUGCACUGAACCAACUCAAAACUGACACCAAUCCAUACGCAACAGGAAGCCGUCUGGAUCAUCGGAUGAAGCGUCAAUCGGCAUCAGAAGGAGCGGGGAGCAGCUCGACACCAUCAAAGAGAGUCAAAAAAGAGGCAGUCUCUCCAAGACCAUCUACAUCCACUGCUAAUCUUUUCCAAUUUCCAACCCAAUCUCCAAUUGGUGCUUCACCACUCCCAUUCCUCUCAAUGUUCCCCAAUUAUAUGUUGCAAUCCGAUGCUUUCUUGCAGCAGUUUCAAACGUUUUCUCAAAUGCUCACUCAUCAACAGCCUAUGUUACCUAACCCAUUUUUAGCUGCACUCUUCCCAACUCCACCAAUCACUCCAGGUGCAUUGGCUCAAAUAGUGACUCCUCCAGUGAAUGUUGAGCCAGUUGAGCCAACUGAGGAGGAUACCACUGUUGAUGCCUAA